UGUGUGUGGGAGGAGUCACACAUGAACAGCCGCUCGGGCUGCUUGGCAACACACAGCAUGAAUCCAAGUGAAGCACGUUCGGUGAAUCAGGAGGUUUUGAUGGGACACUUUGAUCAAUCCAGCCCGACAGCACCAGCUAAAGUCAUCUCCAGACCAAAAACGUGUCGAAAGGUUCGGGAUUCACUUCAUCAGCGCGAUGAGCCUUUACACAUAGACUUUAUUCAUCAUAUGAGUUCACAUGGGACAUUUGGAUGGUGCAAACAUCAUGUGCGUGAAGAAUGAAGAGGAUAAUAUGUAGCUAACAAAGGAGGACACGAGCUGACAUCUCCUCCUGAUGGAUUGUAACAUUCCGGCAGAAGAGAGGUUUCUACAGGCUGCUCAGUUGGGAUCUUCUGUCUAGUUCAAGAUGAGUUGUUUCUGUUCAGUUCAAGAGGAGUUUUACUGUGAGGUUCUGCUGCUGGAUGAGUCCAAGCUCAUCUUAACCACUCAACAGCAGGGAAUAAAGAAAACAACCAAAGGUUCUGUAGUGCUGGAUUAUGCGUUCAAUCACGUGAACCUCGCCGAAACUGAGUAUUUUGGGCUUCGCUAUUGCGACCACAGUCAUCAAACGUUUUGGCUUGAUUCCUCAAAAACACUUGCUGAACAUAAAGAUUUGAUAACAACUGGACCUCCGUACACGCUCUACUUUGGGGUGAAGUUUUAUGCUGAAGAUCCUUGUAAACUGAAAGAGGAAAUUACAAGGUAUCAGUUCUUUCUGCAGGUGAAGCAGGAUGUUCUGCAGGGGAGACUUCCCUGUCCCUUUAAUAUCAGCACCCAACUGGGAGCUCUUGCUAUUCAAUCCGAGCUCGGAGAUUACGACCCAUACAAACACACACCAGGUUACGUGUCAGAAUAUCGCUUUGUCCCUGACCAGAAAGAGGAACUAGAGGACACCAUCGAACAGAUUCAUAAAACGCUCAUGGGUCAGGUGCCUGCCGAGGCAGAAAACAAUUACUUGGGAAUUGCCAAAACACUGGAAAUGUAUGGAGUCGAUCUGCACCCUGUGUUUGGAGAAAAACAAUCGGAGUACUUCCUAGGACUGACUCCUGUCGGGGUUGUGGUUUACAAAAACAAAACGCAAGUCGGGAAAUAUUUCUGGCCUAGAAUUACGAAAGUGUAUUUCAAGGAAACACAAUUUGAGCUGCGGGUUAUGGGCAGAGAUUGUAAUGAGACGUCGUUCUUCUUUGACGCUCCCAGUAAGACGGCCUGCAAGAACCUGUGGAAGUGCUGCGUGGAGCAUCAUACCUUCUUUAGAAUGCCAGAGAACGAGUCUAAUUCGCUAACAAGGAAACUGUCCAAAUUCAGCUCUCUGGGCUCGAAGCAUCGCUACAGUGGAAAAACUGCAAUGCAGAUUGGAAGAGAGCCGUCUGUAACUCUCCCCCGACCCGACCUACAGGUGAUCCGAACCCGCAGCAAGACCUACCCGAAGAGAAGCACACAGCCUGCAGGACGGAGCAACGGAGGCCAGACGGUCACAAAGAUGGAGAACAUGAGUGAAAGCCAGUCCAAAACCACCUCACUUACACCGGUCAAGAGUCCCAAAGUAAAUACAGACAGCACUUCAGACCAGCAGAACAAGCCCAAUGCACCAUGGGAGGAAGACGCCCCGCAAAGCGGCCUGUACAACUCGGCCAGUGAGCGGAACAAAUCUCCCAAAUUCCCAAAAGCUCACAGACGUUCACCCUCAGGAGGCAGCGAGAACGAGACAUCUCACUCGGCCCGCCGCAGGAGAGGCCAAACCGCUGACGACCCACAGGCCAACAAACAGCACAGGAGGAGGUCACGUUCCCGUGGCAACACCAGCAGUGGCAGUGAAUCUGAGAAUUCCAACAGGGAACAUCGUAAAAAAAGAAACCGAUCCCGUCAGGAGAACGAGAUGGUGGAUUCUGGUCCGCAGUGGGAGGUUGUGCUGCGCAGACAGAAAGAAAAAACACAGAACGAUCCGAACCAUCGGCGCUCACGACACCGCUCACGAUCACGAAGUCCUGAUGUUCAAGCUAAAGAGCAGCUCUGGAAACACAUCCAGAAGGAGCUGGUCGAUCCUUCCGGUCUCUCUGAGGAGCAACUAAAGGAGAUUCCAUAUAAGAAAGUGGAAACACAAGGUGACCCGAUCAAGAUCCGCCAUUCACAUUCUCCCAGGAGCUUCCGGCAGUAUCGACGCUCCAACUGUUCGGAUGGUGAGAGGUCUGUGCUCUCAGAGGUCAACUCUCGGACUGAUCUGGUGCCUCCUCUCCCUGUUACCCGCACUGCAGACGUCCCCGGAUCCAGCUCCACCCCUGCGCAGAAGACAAAGGGCUCCAAAGACACUCUCUCAGAGAGCUCUGAACAGGACACUAAAGGCACCGCCAAGGUGGUGAAGACCGUACACACAUCUCGAGUGAAAGCAGAAACGUGACCGAUUUUCACCGUCGACGUGUCGAUGACGAGCGGCAGGUUUGCCGGUGAAAAUGAAAAGUCAAGCUCUGGUGGAGUCUGUAUGGAAACACUGAAGUGAUCCAGAUACACGGACACCCUCAAUGAAAAUUCAAGCUACUUUCAUCAUAUUUCAUGCCAUAAAUCGGUUUAAUACCACAGUAAAAUGUAUUUCUUCACUGGUCUAGAGUUUCCUGUGAAAUUAGUUUCAUUUCCUACUGACAAUCAAAUGAAGGAUGGUGGACCGUUGUAUAGCGCACACGACUCAGACUCUUUUCAACACAUUUUCGUACAGUAUUAAACGUCUGUGAGCUCAAGCAGCAUGUGGGAAUGGUGGUAAACAGUGCUUCGUAUUAUUAUUAUUAUUGUUGUUGUUCGUUGUGUCCUCAGAUUUUAGAGUCAGCUCUGCUGUAGGAAAUGUUGCUGCUGUAUUUCUAUUUUUGUUUUUGCACAGUAAUGUAGACUCUCAUUUCUCUUUAACAAAAUCACUGUAGUUAAACUGGAAGCUCAAAUUCUUGAGUUUUAACAACUUCUUGUCAAUAAAGACAUUCCAUUGCA